CAUGUUAUAAUAUCUAUAGAUCAAUUCAAGGCAAUCAAUGACGAGGGCAUGCCCUUGUAUCAGAGGCCAUUCAUGAGAGGCAAGCUUUACAUCCACUUCACCGUCGAAUUCCCUGACUCGCUGAAUCCUGAUCAGUGCAAAGCUCUCGAGGCAAUUCUUCCUGCAAGGACUCGAUCUCAGCUUACAGACAUGGAGCUUGAUGAGUGCGAAGAGACGACCUUGUAUGAUGUCAACAUUGAGGAGGAGAUGAGGAGGAAGCAGCAAACUCAAGCUCAGGAGGCUUAUGAUGAGGAUGAAGACAUGCAUGGUGGUGCUCAAAGAGUUCAGUGUGCUCAGCAGUAAGGGAAGAGAAAU